AUGGUCGUGAAAGCCUUAAGACAGAUUUCCGUGGGGCAGAACGGUGUUGGAGCGUUUAUAUUUCCCUGCAAGAAGAUCACACUGCAAUAUUGUAACUGGGGCGGGUCAUCGCAGGGUCUGAGAGACUUCCUGACGUCCAAACGGCUCGCCAAGUGGGCGGAGAAAUACCCGCAGAUCCAGUUUGAGGUGGUGGCCAAGGCGGGGCACCCCGUGCUGAAGGCGGAGUACAUCAACGGGCUGAACAAGGCGAUCUGCGUGCGCAACCUGAACGUGGACCACGUGGAGUUGAAGCUGAAGCUACUGCGGGAGUCGUCUGGGGCGCAGCUGCGUCACUACCCGAAGAACGCAAACGUUCUGAGUUUGAACCAGAGCGUGCGUGGCGUAUGGUCGCCGCUGCACGUGGAUCCGGCGUUGAGACACCGGGUGUAA